CGGAGAGAGCCGAACGUGUAGCUGUGCAGCCACUUGGCUGUCAUCGAGACCCAUUUUGGUUUAGUGAAAGCUGCGUGUACUGACUUGAUCUUGUCUGGCGCAGAGUCCAGAACCCGGCCCGGCCCCGAGUCACCAUGGCGGAUCGGGACUGGCAGGUCCACAGCCAGCAGAGAUUCUGCAUGUGCCGGCGGGGAAGGCAACUUGAACACCUGGUCUACAUCAUCACGACCCAGGAAUUCCAGGACAUUCUCCGCAUCGAGGAGGAGUGGGAGGAGGAUCCCGAGAAGGAGGAGGAAGAGAAGGUGGAGGAGAAGAAGGAUGAGGAGAGGAAGAAGGUGUUGGAGGAAAAAGAGGAGCAGGAAAGGAAGAUGAAAUGUGUAAAGGAGACGACGGAGGAAGCGGCGGUGGAGGAUGAGCACGAGGAGGAGGAGGUGGAGGAGAACGAGAAGGAAAAGAAUAUGAAAUUGGAAAAGGAGAAGAUGGAGGAGGAGGUGGAGGAGGGCGAGAAGGAGCGGGAAAAGAAGAUUAAAUUGGAAAAGGAGAAGCUGGAAGUGGAAGAUCAUGUGGAGGAAUGGAAGAUGGAGGUGGAGGAGGAGUGA